UUAUCCUUUUAUCUCCCAAACCAAACUCAUCUUAUCUUUUAAUUACAACUUUGAAACAGAACAGAGACCAAACCUAUCUACUUCUGUCUCUAGAUGGCUCGUUCCCUUUCGAUUUCUCUCUCUAAAGUCCGACUCACCGCAUCUGCAUCCUCUCUCCUCCCUUCAUCACACCUCCUUUCCUUCCGAUCUCAAUCCUCCGAUCGUCGCGGCGAUCUCCACGAAACCGACACCGCCUCGCCGUCGGAUCCUUUAAUACAGAAGCUCGAAGACGCUGUUCACCGGAUAUUCGUACGCCGAGCUGCACCUGAUUGGCUCCCGUUUGUUCCAGGUGCUUCCUAUUACGUCCCGCCUCCAGGAUCUGGAUCCCAGAGUCAUGGGGUCGCUCAGCUAGUUGCGAAGCUGGCUAAUCCGUUAACCGAUGAAGAAACACUCUCCACCAAUUCGUCUCACGGAUGGCCUUCCUCUGAUUAUUUCCUCAAAGGUGUACAACCUCGACUGAUGGAGACCAAGAUCGAGACUAGUUCAAAUACUGAGUAUCACUCUGAGGACGAGGAAGGGUGAAACUGCACUAUUUGAAGAUCAGAUAUCAUAAGAAAACGAACCAAAAUGCAUAAGACUGCCAUACAGACAACCAUGUUUCUUUAUUAGUCCCGAAAUGUAAAAAGUAAUUCGAGUAAGAGUAGCUGUUGUAUGCUUGUAGCAUUUCCCUCUUUUUAAUGUAAUAUUCUUUACCCUUUUUAUAAAGAUCUUGUAUAUAUUUCUGUUUUACGAGAAGGUAAUGGGAUCAUCCUACCUCAUUGGAAGUAUUGUCUCUCAAGUUAA